AUGAUUAUUUUAUUGCUGAUUUAAACAUGCUAUAGUUCCAUUCUAAUUGACAAGUCAACCAACAAUAAUAUUACUGAUCUAUACACUAAAUGUUAAUUAAAAGGAGAAAAUUCAGACAAUCUAUUAUUUUAAUGUUCAUAAAUGAAUGUCAUAAUUCCUAUUUAAGAAAUAACUUAAGAUAUUGUUUUUGCCUACUCCUUUAAUAAAACAAAAGAUGUUUAAUUAAGCAAUAUGCUCUUAACUGAAUUUUUAAUAGAUCAAGAAACUCAAUCUUAUUAAAUAAAAUUACAUGUUUUAUAUAAUUCAUAUUAUGGUGAUUUCUUCUAGAUGAUUUAAUUUCUCUCUAUAAAUAAAUAUUCAUUUUUUAAUUACUAAGUAACUGUAAUUGACGGAACUCUAAAUAUGAUUGCUCUUCUAAGUAAUUAACAUUUCUAAAUUUAGUGAGUCAUGUUAAUGAAAACUAUAUUACUUUGUAUUUAAUUCCAAUAUAUGCAAGCAAAAUGAAUUCUUUUCCUUUGACAGCCUAUAACUUUACAUGUGAUACUAUUUGUGAAAUCAAAGGAUUUUCACAAUAUUAUAAUAAAUAAAGAAACAGUCUAGUUAUUGUUAUUGCAGAAGAAAAUCUAUUAAAUAUAUUGUAGUUUUCUUUUUUUGAUGAACAGCUUAGAUUUGUAUCAAAAUAUUAUAUUACUGAAUUUAUAGAUAACUAAAUAAUUCUUAAAACACAAUUAUUUGAAGAUUAUUUACUGGUUGAAUUAAAAAAUUCUUAAGCCUUAUUUUCUAUCUCUUCAAUUGUUUUUGAAAUUCAGCUCCUUAAAAUUUUCUCUAAAUCACCUUUAUUCAUUGAUCAUAAAACAAAACUAAUAUUUUAACAAUCUUUGGAUUAAACUAUAGUUUAUGCUAUCCAAAAUUAACAAAAUUGGUUUACUUAAAAACAAGUUAUCCAAUAAUAAAUCUUAGAUAUUUUAUUUACAGGUUCUAUAAUCGUUGAAAAUGAAAGUGAAUGGUAGUUUAUUUUUAUUUAUGAUAAUUUUCAAAGAAAAAAAAUAAAAAUAUAAAUUAAAUAGAAUAUCAACUAAGAAAGUGAAUGCUUAAACAAUUUUACUUAAUUUCCAUAUCCUAAUAAAUAAACCUUAAAUUAUUAAUUAUAAUUUUUGCAAGAGAAAAUUGAAGAAAAUAAUAAUAAAACUGAACCUCUUUAAGAAUUAUAAAAUCAUACUUCUUGCCAGAAACCUUGCGAUCUUUUGUAUUUUAAUUAUGAGAUUUCUUUAGUUCCAUAUGAUUAAUAAUGCAUUAUUUCUAAAUUACAGAACUAAUUUACUAAUCAUUGCAGUCUCUUAAAUAGCUGCAUUAAUUGUAAUAAACAAACUGGAUGCAAUUGGGAAAAUAAUACUUGCAUGAAAGAAACUUAAAUGUAUUAAAUUGAUAUAUCAUCACAUGAGUAAAGUUCAAAAUGGUAUAAUGGGAAGAUUUGGAAAUGUCAGGAAAUAUAAUAAAAAACAACUAAUUCAAAUUUUUGUAACUAUGAUUAAAAUCAAUUUGAAUAGCUAAAAGAGUUCACUUAUAAGGGAGAGAUAAGAAAAGGCUAAAUUUGCUCUUGGUUUUUUGAUGCAGGUAAAUUUUAAUAGUUUAAUUUUUAUUUCAAGGCAGAUCUAAUAAAUAACCCAACUAAUAGUUAAAUAUCAAUUUGUUUAGGUUUAAAUUAAAAUGAUAUUUGCACACAUGUGAAUUUUAAACCAGGGAAUCUAAAUUCGACAACAAUAUAUCCAUUCAAAGGAUAUUAUUUUAGAUAUAUGAUAAUAUUUAUGGAAGAUAAUUUAGCUAGUGAAAUUAAAUUUUCCUUUUAGAAUUCUCCUCCAAUAUCAAUAACUGAUCGAGUGAAAUAAUCAUUAUUAUAAAUGUUGGCUUGGCUCAUUUGUGGAAUUUUAUUAUUUUGUAUAAUGGGGUACAUGGCUAAGAGAAGACUAUAAUAUUUAGUAGCAUAAACAACAGACAAUGAGUUAAUUUAAGUAAUAACAUAUUAAUAUAAUUUUAGAUACCACAUUUUAUAUAGAAUUAAGUUCCUUUAUCAAAUGAGGGAUUGAAAAAUGUAAUGUAAAAUUUAAUAGAUCAAGAGAUUAUAACUAAAUAUCCAUCUGAUCCUUCUUUAUUAUUAUAUGGAGAAGAUAGUUGUGCUUUUUGUUUUGAUUAAUUUGAUACAUCAGAAUUGGUUGCUUAAUUAUUUUGUGGGCAUGUUUACCAUUAUGAUUGUUUCGAAGAUUGGAUUAGAAUUAAAGGAUUAUUAAAUAAAUGUCCAGUUUGUAAUUAGAAAGUAGAUUAUUUUCUAGCGAAUAAAGAAGAGUUUGCAAUUAUAAAAUUAUAGAUAAUGGACAGAAUAAGUGAAUCGGAGAGUCAUACAACUCAUUUAAUUGAAUGA